AUGUUUGCUGAUUUAGUUGAGCGCUUGAGUUUUGUAGUGAUAAGUGUGAAGAGCAAACUGGAAUUGCCUUCAGAGAAGCCACAAAUCAAAGCGGAAAAGGGUUGGUACGCAUCAGGCGAUUCGUUGCGAGCACAAUGCACCUCUCCACCCGCUGAUCCACCGGCCAAUCUAACUUGGCUGCUCAAUGGCAGAGAUAUCCAAGGGAAACCAAUAAUGCUACAGCGUAUCUUACCAAGCCCCGCGAUAUCUAUUGAUAUACCUCAACUAACUCGCAGUACAGCCGCUCCAGGCGAUGAGAACAGCAAUAUCAUUUUCAGUCCAUGGAAAGCAUUUGGACCCUUUGUGGACACAGUGCAGGAUGGAGAAAUUCUGCCCAGUCAAGAUUCAGUUAUGUUCCCAACACCACGCAACCAGGAUACUGGACUAGAUGAAGAUGCAACUGAUCCUACUCCAACGGUACAAUCGUCUAAAAAGGUGGCAUCAGUGAGUCAGCUGUCAUUUAUGGUGCGACCGGAUAGUUUCGAGCGUGGCCAGCUUAGGUUGACCUGCAUCUCCACUGUACAUGCUGUGUACAGCGAGCAAGCUGAACUGGUCAUCAAUGAGGAGCGUCCACAGAUCGCUUCAGUGCUUGGUACUAGAGAUCGAGCGUCAGGUCCUGUAGCAGCCUCCUCGCUACUCAUCACGCUUUGCGCAGUACUCACUGUUUCGAAGAUCUUGAGAGUGCUCCUACGA